UGUGUGACUUCUUGUGUUUGUUUACAAUCUUCAUCUUCGUCGGAUAAUAAUGCCUAUUGUUUCCUCCAGCUACGUAAUUUCAUUUAAAUUUUGACUGAGCUUAGCCAAAAUAUCAUAGUAAUUAAAUUAUAAAAAAUAUGAACACCAUGUACAUAACAAUGGAACCUCAAUUAUUAAAGUUCUCUGAACAAGAAUAUUUUUUCAGGGUUUCUAUGCGACGCAUGAUAACAUGAUGAUACUUUAAAGCUCCGAUUUAAUUGACCUUUGGAUACAUAAUUAUCACAUAUUCCUGACUUAAAUAAUGCUACAAUGAAGCCGGUGAAUGCCUUAGCGCACAUCAGGACACAUUUCAUAGCCCUCGUCGGCAUCGCCUUAUUCUUAGCUGGUUUUAUGAGUGUCGAACAAAGCUUUGAUCGUGUUCCUUAUAAUGUCUCCUCUUCAAUUCUGAGGUCACCAGUGGCACUGAAGCAGCGACGGAUAGUUUUGAUGGUUGUUGACGCUCUCAGGGACGAUUUCCUUGAUUUGAAGGAAGACUGGAAAUUUGUUAGUAAUGAGCUGGUUGAACAGCGUGCUUGCCGUUUGGCCGUCAAAGUUGAUUCUCCAACAGUCACACUUCCACGGUUAAAAGCACUAGUCACUGGCCGAGCGUCCAGCUUUAUUGACGUCAUUCUCAAUCUUGGCAGUCCUGAGCUGCAAGAGGAUAAUUUAGUUUCCUCUUUGGUUAAUGCAGGAAGACAUGUAGUAUUUUAUGGUGACGACACUUGGCUCCGAAUUCUACCACAUUCCUUCCACAGGAGCAGAGGCACCCAUUCUUUCUUUGUAAAUGAUUUUAAAGAGGUUGAUGAUAAUGUGACCAGAGAAUUGCCUUCUGAACUGGCUGUCAAAGACUGGUCCUUAAUGAUUCUGCAUUAUCUUGGCUUAGAUCACAUCGGACACGUUGAAGGCCCUCGCAGUCCUUUGGUAGGACCCAAGUUGCGAGAAAUGGAUGAUGUUGUUCGUCAAAUCAGAGAAAGUGCCCCAGACGCCCUGCUUGUUCUCACAGGUGACCAUGGGAUGGCCGAUGCUGGAGGUCACGGUGGAUCUUCCGGUCCAGAGCGUAGUGUUGCCCUGGUGCUACUUGGAACGCCCUGUCUCUCUAUUUCCACCAAACAAACAGUUUGGGCGCAGGUGGAUUUAGCACCUACACUUGCAACUCUUCUUGGAGUGCAGAGUCCUUCUCAGUCCAUAGGAUCUCUUGUGCCUCCUCUGCUGUCUGCGCUUGAACAAGAAGAAAUCUUGGCCGCCCUUAAAAACAACACUCGGCAUCUUGUAGAGUUAAAUCCAGGACACGAACAAGAAAUCAUGUAUCUUGAUGCUGUCAGUGCUCAUAAUAAGUGGAUCAUUGGUCAAGGGUCUUUCCGAAAAGUGGCUGAAGGUUACAAUGAUGUAGCGUUGCUCAUGAGAAACGCCCUUGGUUCUAACCAUGCUCCUUUUGACCUGUACGCAAUGGCCAUUGGAGCAGUUACAACUCUUAUGAGUACUUCUUGGAUCAUAUUGGCUUCGAUAGUCAACAAAUAUGAGUCUUCUAGUUUUUGGCUGAUUAUGGUUGGUGCUUCUGGAAUCCUCGGCAUUCACAGUGUGGCAUGCGGCUUCACAUUUGGCCAUAGCCUUGUAUGCAGUUCCUCGCUGAUCUCUCAUCCUCUUCAUAUUCUUCUAGGACUCGAAUUAGCUACCAUCACCCUCGAAGUUGUCGGGAUGGCCAAAAAACUUCGUUCCCGAGAUUUUCCGCUCAGGGUUUUCUCCAUAGAGUGGUUGCUUCUUGCGAUUGCAGUUGGACACACCUUCAGCCUCGGCUCAAGCUUCUGCAUCGAAGAAGAGCACCUCACCUGGUUCGUCCUAUGGCCUGUUGUCCUUUUAGUAGCCACAGUCGUUCGACGGCAUCGUUGGCCCUUUAUGUUGCUACUCAUGGCCGCCCACGUUGCUCUGUGUCAUUUCAACAGCACAGGCGACAAAUGGGCGUCCACCCCAGACCUGGAAGACUGGCUGGUCGGCAAACCGAUGGUCACCAGUGUGCUUCUGGCUUUGAGUCUGGCCGGCUUGCCGUUUUUGAUGAGCGGUGGACGCGCUGUUGCCUACCUGCUGGUCACGCUUAUCUACCUACAAAAGGCGGCCAGUUCAGAUUCGGUUCUGGCACCUAUUAAUCGACAAUUCUCAUCUGAUCGGGGUGUUAUGGAGGCUCGACUUUUUUACUUAAUUUCCACUGCCUGGCUGUUUUUUCGUUUGAGAGGACGCUCCAAACGAGCCGCCUUCAGAGACUGGUGGUUGCUUGCCGCGGCUUUGCUGCAGCGGCCACAUGAUGUGGCCACUUUGACCUACGCAACCGUGGCUGCCCGACUAGUGAUACCUUGUUUCUCCAACCACGUGAUCGCUGCUUUGGCCGCAACAACCCUCGGCUGGACAACGUUCUACCACCAAGGUAAUUCGAACCAACUGACAACUGUAGCCGUGGCUGCUGGUUACACUGGCCUCACUGAUUACUGGCCACUGGCCGUCGGAGUGCAACUUAUAAUCCGAACUUAUGCCGGACCUGUGUUGGCCGCCCUAGAACUGGCCGUUCGCGUUGACGGCCAUCGCAAGGCUCUUCUAGCUUGGAGCGGCCAGCGCCUUUUGGCCGCCUGUUUCUACCUUUUGGUGGCCGCUUGGUUGCGAGAACAUCUUUUUGUGUGGUCUGUUUUUGCACCAAAGCUACUUUACGAAGCGGUUCACUCUACUCUGUACAUAAUCUUACUGCCAGUGCUUUGGGGAACUAGAAAAUGAAUUAUCUUGUCAAAAGAAAGAAAUACUAGAUUUGUAUUUCUCGAACUUAAAAAUGAAAUAAUUGACACAUUUUUAAAAACCUGAAAUUCUCUUGAUUCCAUUUUACAGUCUACGCGGUUCUCAAUCUAUGAUUUUUAUAAAAAAAUUCUUAUGAUACAGAUAAAUAGUCAAAACUAGCCCAAAUUAAAAAUAGGAAAAAAAUAAAAAAAUUGGAUGGUCAGAUUUGCAUUUGCUUCUGCAUUGAUAAUUGUAUACUGCUGUAACCAUUGGGAUUGGCGUUCUCGCAAUUGGCAUUUUAAUAGGCCAUCCCAAGUCUUGAACUUUCUAGCAAUUCACAUUAUCCUAAUGUUUUGUUUUAAUGGCACAUGCUGCACAUUAUUAUACCUGCGCGACACGUUUAGAUAAAGAUACAAUCAAACUAAUAGGCCAGGGAAAAGCUUGUUAGAACCGAGUGCUGCAUUUUAUUCAUUCUAGUCCGGCCAAGUGGAUUUAUUUCUAAAGACAAUUUUGAGAACUGAGGAACGCCACUUAAAUUCAACAUAAAAUACAUUUACAAACAUGUGACUGACGUGACCUGUGACCUCGUCAGUCACUGAAAUAUGGCGUAUUGUGCCAUAUCACUAGUUACAUUGCUUUGCCAGUAAAAAAUGUGGAAGAAUUUUUUGAAGUCUUCAUGUGAUUAACUUGUGUGAUAUUAAUUUAUACAAUUUAAUAAUUAAUACCCAAUUGCACCUUACUUCCAUUUAAAAUUAGUUCUUCAUUAAACGCACAGUAAAUCGUGUUGUCUCCGUCACAUACUGCACAACUUAUAUUUAAACAAUAUAAAGAACUAAAAUAUUGCUAUAAAUAAGUUGGACUUUGCUGAUCGAGGCCGGUGCAAAAUAAAUAAAAAAAAAUGACACCUCACUUUUGA